AUGCUCUCCAGAAGCCUCCUCUGGGGUCUUGUCUUACUCUUUCUAAGUAAUAGAGUCCUUACGCUUACCUAUCAAGACGGAUCACAGAACCUAGUACACAAUAUACCUACUCUACCAUCUUCCGCAUCCACCGCAAGGUCUACUCCAUAUGUCAUCCUUAUGACAUGGAGCGCCACCAGGGAGCAGAUCCAGGACCUUAACAACACACUCUCAACACACGCUACCCCAGGGUCUCUGGAGGGAAAAACCAGCAUACACACCGGCCUAAUCGUCUUCUUCAAGGCGGCCAUCAGCUCCAUCCAGGCCAACGCCAUUAAGAAGCUUCCCGGCGUUGCUGUUGUGACCCCUGAUUUGAUGCUCGAAGAAAAACUACCGCCCCCCUGGUCGUCGCCGCCGUCGUUGACGCCUCGUCAAGAAUCGCCCAAGGAUCAGUCCGGCUCGCCGCUGACGAACGUCCGGAACCCGGUCAACGUCCGCCUCCAGUCGGUGGCUCCCACAGAGCUUAAAGUCAUUUCGCAGCCCCCUGGCUCGGUGCGCGCCGCUGAUCUCCCCGGCUUUGCGUACGCCUCUGAGGCAGGUAGAGGGGUGACGAUCUACGUGAUUGACACUGGCGCUAACGCUCAGAAUCCAGAAUGGAAAGGCAUGACUGGGAGUAAGAGAUUUAUGUACCUGCCUGAAGCUGAGGAGACGAUGACGGACGGACAUAAAUCAGGCCACGGCUCCUGCGUGUCGUCCAAGGCGACAGGUUCAUUAUUCGGUACCGCUAAAAACGCUGACAUCGUCAUGCUUAAGGUGCCUAAAGAGUUACCAUGGACAUCCGCUACCUUGGCAGCGCUUGUGGAUAUUAGCGACGACGUUGAACGCAAGGGAAUCAAGGGCAAGGCUGUAGUUAACAUAUCCUUAGGGCAGCGCUUCCCUAUGAAAGAGGAAUCUACUGUAGAGGCCUAUAAACACUUACUCAUCAUUCUUAUGCGUAAAGACAUUGUCGUUGUUACAGCGUCAGGUAAUUCAAGAGAAUGGUUUAACAAACUGUCAGACCACCCAGCCCUCUUCAGCUAUGACACAGACCUUAUUGUUGUUGGCGCCGUUGACAACGAUGGUUCCCGCGCCGAUUACUCCCAGGGCACCAUCGAAGAGUUGACUAAAUCUGCCCCAGGCGAUGUUGUGUGCGCCUCAAGUACAUCCUUAGGCUGGUUAAAGAAAUCUGGCACUUCCUUUGCCGUCCCUGCCGUUGUAGGUGUUAUUGCCGUCUGGCUCUCCCAGGACGAACAUGCCGCCGAGCUCCAGGUUCCUGGCGAGGUCGCCGCUAAGGUCAAAGCCAAAGUCAAGAAAUUUUCGUACCCGCGCGUCAAGGGCGGGCCACCUGUGAUCUGGAACGGCAUUGACCCGCGUGAACUAGUUUGCAAAUCGCCAAAAAGGCCGGGCGGCGCCGGGUCGGGCUGCCGAAUGACCCUGGAUCCCCCCGCCUCGGCUCGGCCUCCGCAGCCCCCUAAACCCCAAUGGAGCAAGAAGCCGCAGGGAUUCCGCAGGGUCUUUGAACAGGAUGGUGUCAUAGGACGCGGCUACGUCGAACGCUGGAACAGCUCAGAUUUCGAUAUCAAGGACAACGUCGAGCAGUGGUGCCUAGACAGAUGUAGAGGCAAGUGCGCCUCUGUCUUCCUCUACCGGGUAGUACAGUUUAGUAGCUGGGAGUAUAACGAGUCUUAUAUCUGCAACAUGUACGUUGUUAGGAAUACUGUACGUAAGCAAGGAAAAGAGACACUAACUGACCUGACAUCUAGGUACCACUCAAAGUGGUCAAAAAGAUUUGUAGGAUCCGCCUCAAAAAGCGCCGACGCAGGAAUCGCUUUUAAGUAA